AUGGGACCCAAGGAGAAGAAAGAGGAAGUGGUGGACGGAGCGCCUGUCACAGGGCAGAUCAAGGGUUACAAGGGGGUCUCUGAGAUGUUCGACGAGGACAAAGGGCAGGUGAAGACGGAUGAGCUGGAGCAGCUCAUGAGUUUCCUGGGCAUCAACUCCACCAAGAGUGAGUUGGCCUCCACGGCCAAGGACGUGGACAGAGUUAAGAAAGGGUUCUUCAACUGCAGCAACCUCCUGGCCCUGAUGGGGGGUGUAUUGGGAGAAGGCCCAGAACCAAGGGUGAGCUGA